CUCUAAACCCUAAAUUCUCCACGGCUAGAAUCCCAGAUCGCCUCACACGCCCGACGUAAAAUUCUUCUCUCUACACUUCCAAGUUCCAACCAACCGCCCUUAUAACAAACACUCGAUGGAAUUGGAGGGAGCCAUGGGCGUUCAAUCAACUGAUGUUUCAUCUUGCCUAGAAAAAAAAAGAAAAAUUGAUGGUUCUUCUUCAUCAUCAUCAUCAUCUCCUCCUUACGAAGCCCUCAUCUCUUUGCCUAUCCGUAUGAAAGGGAUGAUGGAAAUCACGGAAAGGUGGUAUACCAUGAAGAUUCCUGCCGACGCGGUCGACGGUGCUGAGGGGUCCAUCUCUGAAGCUUGGAGAACAUGGGCUCCACAUGAAAAUUCUACCUUUGCAUUGCUAGGCUCCGAUCUAUACUCUAUUGGUGGCCGAAGCUACGAUUCUGACGGGAUGCCAUUUUUUAUUUCCAAAGUGCAUAAGGUAAACAUUAGGGAUCCCAUCGGUGGUUGGAUCCCUGUUGAAUCCAUGAUUUCUCCAAGAGCGAACCCUCACAUCUUUGUCAUAGGCGGUAAAUUAUAUGCCUUAUCUGGAGAGCCUUCUGGUGUUCCUCCUCCUAACGCCCCGGUUGGUGAGGUUUAUGACCCCAUGACUGAUUCAUGGAAAGCCUUGCCUGUUCCUCCUUGUUACAUGGGAGUUCACAUGCUCUGUGCAGCUCUUGAGAAUCCAAACAGGAUUCUCGUUGCUUCACUUUCAGAGUUCCCAGAUGAUGAAGAUCAUGAACCUGUUUUUGAUGAUUCUUUUGCAAAUUUCUGUAUCUACCAAGUGCAGAAUUGUUCUUGGAAAAUGCUUUGCCCUACCCGUCGCGACCUUGUUGCUAAAUGUCCUUUGGGCUAUAAAGGAAAGGCUGUUGCGGUAGGAAAUUGUUUAUAUUGGAUUACAUACCACCGUGAGUUACUUGCGUACGAUUUCGUGUUGGAUUUGUGGCUAACUGGGUGGAUUGAAGGUCUGAGUAUUCCGGUUAUUCGAUUUUAUCAGCCCGCUAUUCCUUGUUUAUUGCAUUUGAAGGAUGAAAGAUUCUGCAUUAUAAAAUGUACAACUGUUCGUUAUCCACGUGAUGAUUAUAUUGAGUGCAUCCUAUUUGAUGUUUCUCCUGUGCCCGAGAAGAGGAUUUUGCGUAUAUCCGCUGUUUCCAGAAUCAAGUAUAGGACGACGGACCCCACUGUCCCUGAGUCAUCCUUUUUAAUGGGUAAGUAGAUUUGGAGAAGUCAAGCAAGGAGCAAGUGCAAAGAGCAAAGAGAAUUAUGAUAGUCGGCUGCUUUCUUCAUUGACUGUAUUCUAGAUUGGGUAUUUCUACCAAUCUAUGUCAUGACAUUGUCCAAUGCUUUCUAGGUAAAAUGUUUUUCUUUUUCUUUUUCUUUUUUGUUUUGAUGAGGACUUUGAAGUAAUG